UGGCUGGCUUGCUUGCUUGCUUGCUGUUUCUGGUUGAAACGUCCUAACAAUUCUUUUUAACUGUUAUUUUCUCUACCUGGGUUGAUCUUCUUCCUUCCCUCGGCUACUCUUUUCCUGGUGUGGCUACUAAAAAAAGUGCAGACAUGAGAGGAAGGGCGUCUCUCCUACUUAAUCUCCAAGUUCUUAGUUUGUUUCUUUUGUUCUUCUGUUUCUGUGAGUUGAACUGCAUUGCAUUGGAGUCUAAAAAAGGUUCUUUGUUAGUGGAGAAGAAGGGAAAUGCUAUUCUGCCUGCUACUUCCCCACGUCAGGCCCCUCAACCCUAUAUUCCUCAACUAGCUCCAUCACCGUUGGCACCUUUCACAAAUAACACUGUGCCAAAAUUAUCAGGGCUUUGUACAUUAAAUUUUUCCUCUGCCGAAAGUAUGUUGAGCAUGACUGCAAUUGAUUGCUCAUCUUCCUUUGCUCCUUUUCUGGCUAAUGUAAUAUGUUGUCCACAGUUAGAAGCCACUCUUAUGAUUCUUAUCGGGCAAUCAGGCAAAGAUACUGGGAUGCUUGCCUUGAAUAUGGCCCAUGCAAAUCACUGUCUCUCAGAUGUUGAGCAGAUCCUUGCAGGUCAGGGUGCAAAUGUGUAUCUACAAAAGAUAUGUUCAAUUCAUCCAGUGAACUUAACUGAAGCCUCUUGCCCUGUUGAAAAUGUUAAUGAGUUUGAGAGCAUUGUGGAUUCAUCUAGUCUUUUGGCUGCCUGUGAAAAAAUUGACCCUGUGAAUGAGUGUUGCAGCCAAAAAUGCCAGAAUGCAAUUGCUGAAGCUGCCAGGAAAAUUGCUUUGAAAAAUUAUAGUCUGUCAAGCAUGGAUGGAGAUGAUCUCUUACCUGAGCACUCAUCUAAGAUUGAUGAUUGCAAAAGCAUUGUCCUCCGAUGGCUUUCCAGUAGACUUGAACCUUCUUCUUCAAAGAAAGUUCUUAGGGGACUCUCUAGCUGUAAUGUGAAUAAAGUUUGUCCGUUGUUUUUCCCUGACACUAGACAUGUUACCAAAGACUGUGGGAAUGGGAUGAGUAAUCAGACUGCUUGCUGCAUUGCCAUGGAGAGUUAUGUCUCUCACUUGCAAAGGCAGAGUUUUAUUACCAACUUGCAAGCUCUAAACUGUGCUGCUUUGCUUGGCAUGAAGUUACAGAAGGCUGACAUAACUAAAAAUGUCUAUAGCCUUUGUCACAUAACACUCAAGGAUUUCUCUCUCCAAGUUGGAUUACAAGAAUCUGGGUGCCUUUUGCCAAGCUUACCCUCAGAUGCGACAUUUGACCAGACUGCAGGUGUCAGUUUCCUUUGUGAUCUGAAUGACAACAUUGCAGCUCCGUGGCCCUCUGCAUCUCAAUUACAGACUUCUUCCUGCAAUAAAACAAUCAAGAUUCCAGCACUUCCAGCUGCUACGUCUGGACAAAGUGGAUUCUCAGGGAUUGUCCUCAGCCUUCCUAGAACCUGUAAACAUGUCAGAGAAUCCCUUCUUGUUUCCUUGGCUGUUGUUUUCUGGGAUGUGUUUAAGCUAUGUAAAUGUCAAAGACACCAAGCUUAAUGCAGGACCCACAGUCAUCCUGUGUCUUUGUGGGUCCCUACAGAGAAGGCUCAAUGUUACCUUGGUUGCUCAUUUUCUCACUGGUUCUGAUGACACACUUUUAAUUUUCACUUGGGCCAUUCUUACUUCUCUGGUUACAGUGACACAUUAUUUAUCCCUUGAGCAAACUUACCAGUCCUUCCAUGGCAUAGCUGAAAUGCAGAGAGAUUUGGUUGAACCAUAUCCUUGGAAGAGAGAAGAAUCACAGUUGGAAGCAUGUCUCAAUUUUUUGCAGCAGGGUAUUAUUAUUUCAUGAUUCUUGUGGAG